GCUAUUCCGCGCCAGCCUCGUGGGCGUUCAGGUCCGAGGCCGCUCUAUAAGUGGCGCCCGCGCCCGCUGCUCUGCUCGUCGUUCCGUGUGUCCUCCGGCUCGCAACCGCAAAGCAGCAGGCAGGGGAGAGGAGUCCUUGCGAAAAGAGGAAGAGAAGCACCGGCAAAAGGAGGAGGAGAGCACGAUGCGCCGCGUCGCGCUGUUGCUGCUCGUCUGCGCGGCGGCGCGCGCCGCCGCGGUCGUCACCGACGGGCUGCUCCCGAACGGCAACUUCGAGGAGGGCCCGCCCAAGUCGGCGCUGGUGAACGGCACGGUGGUGAAGGGCGCCAACGCGAUCCCGCGCUGGGAGACGUCGGGCUUCGUGGAGUACAUCGAGUCCGGGCACAAGCAGGGCGACAUGCUCCUGGUGGUCCCGCAGGGCGCCCACGCCGUGCGCCUGGGCAACGAGGCCUCCAUCCGCCAGCGCCUCGCCGUCACCCGCGGCGCCUACUACGCCAUCACCUUCAGCGCGGCGCGCACCUGCGCGCAGGCCGAGCGCCUCAACAUCUCGGUGAGCCCCGAGUGGGGCGUGCUCCCGAUGCAGACCAUCUACGGCAGCAACGGCUGGGACUCGUACGCCUGGGCCUUCAAGGCCAAGCUCGACGCCGUCACGCUCGUCAUCCACAACCCCGGCGUCGAGGAGGACCCCGCCUGCGGCCCGCUCAUCGACGGCGUCGCCAUCCGCGCGCUCUACCCGCCCAGGCUCGCCCGCGGCAACAUGCUCAAGAACGGCGGCUUCGAGGAGGGCCCCUACUUCCUGCCCGGCGCGUCCUGGGGCGUGCUCGUGCCGCCCAACAUCGAGGACGACCACUCGCCGCUCCCCGCCUGGAUGAUCGCCUCCUCCAAGGCCGUCAAGUACGUGGACGCCGCGCACUUCAGGGUGCCCCAGGGCGCGCGCGCCGUCGAGCUGGUGGGCGGCCGGGAGAGCGCGCUCGUGCAGGAGGUGCGCACCGUGCCCGGGUGGAGCUACCGCCUCGCCUUCGCCGUGGGCGACGCCGGCGACGGCUGCGCGGGGUCCAUGGUCGCCGAGGCCUUCGCGGCGCGCGCCACCGUCAAGGUGCCCUACGAGUCCAAGGGCACCGGCGGGUACAAGCGCGCCGUGCUGGACUUCACGGCCAUCGCCAACCGCACCCGCGUCGUGUUCCAGAGCACCUUCUACCACAUGAAGGCCGACGGCACGCUGUGCGGGCCCCUCGUCGACGACGCCUCGCUCAUCGGGCUGCGCAAGCAGCCCGCCGCCGGCAGCCGCCGCCUGCUGUGACUGAGGCCUUCGAUAUGAUUUUCACGCGCGGUCAGUGAUGUAAUAUGGUGGGGUAGUACUGGCAGGUGUUUUGGUUUGGUGUGCGCAACAGUGCGCUUGGUAUAUGCGUGGCGUGGCGUGCGUGCCCUGUGUUGCAGCUGCAGCGGCGCGCGCAUGGGUGGUCGGGUGGAGUUUUUCUUGUGAAGAAGAAAGGGGUGGUGGCCUGGCUCCAGGGUCCAAGACUUUUGAGUUGUAAAAUUAACCUGAGAAGCCAGGCUGAAGUCGACAAGGGAUUAAUGGCUACUAGUUUUCUUGUU